AUGUUUACGUCAAUGGUUUCGUCAAUGGUUUCAUCGUCAAUGGUUUCGUCAAUGGUUUCAUCGUCAAUGGUUUCGUCAAUGGUUUCGUCAAUGGUUUCAUCGUUAAUGGUUUCGUCAAUGGUUUCAUCGUCAAUGGUUUCAUCGUCAAUGGUUUCGUCAAACUUAAACGUAUAUGCUUUGUCAAACAUGAGCGUAAAUGUUUACGUCAAUGGUUUCGUCAAUGGUUUCAUCGUUAAUGGUUUCGUCAAUGGUUUCAUCGUCAAUGGUUUCAUCGUCAAUGGUUUCAUCGUCAAUGGUUUCGUCAAACUUAAACGUAUAUGCUUUGUCAAACAUGAGCGUAAAUGUUUACGUUAA